AUGCCCCCGGUGGAAACACAGCGGACGGAGCACAAAUGCAAAUAUGGACCUGCCAACCUAACAAUCCAAAUCAGCAGUGGUCUUACACUGCAAUUCGAUUACCGCCUUGCCUGGACGAAUCAAGGAAAAUGUCUUGACCUUCCUGGGGGGAUCUCUAGCGACGAUACACGUAUUCAAACAUGGGAGUGUCAAGACGGCAACCCGAACCAGGUGUGGAACACUGGCUACUUGUCGUCUGCGCUACCUGAGAAAUCGGAAAUCGGCCAAAGUGGCAUCAAUAACUGCGGUGCAAGUAACAGCCAGGAUUCGCAGUGUCAGACUGCUUGGAUCAAUGAUGUAGACGAUUUUUGCUUAUUCGCACCUCCUUCUCCGGACUCUGUCAUCGGCGACACUGAACGUAUCGAGGUGUCGUGGUGCACAAAGGCAGGCCGGGGGACUCGACUAAUACCAGAUGGAACGCUUCAAGGAGUACAUUUUGUGAAGACCCAGGAUUACGUUCAAAUAACUGGAACGGGGGACUUCACUAGAAUCAAUAUCAGAGGCGGAGACGCCGGGGGUGAGCUUGAUCCUCAUGGUGCAGAUGGCAACGGAAACCCUGUUGGAGGCCUCGUCUUUGGGAACUCUUUCGGCCAAGCUCUGCAAUACCACGAGUGGACCCUUUUUAUUUCUUCUAGCGAGUUUUGCUUCCGCGCCUGUGUAGGUCCAAACGCCGCGAGGAAUUGCCAGCACAUUUACGACGUUAUGGGAUGCUUCUGGAACAUGCCUGGGAACUACGAUUCAGGUGUAUUUGAGUCUUGUCAAGGUGACAAUACAGAACCCAUGGGCGUAUAUGGGACGUCAACCUGGUUCCAAGGAGUUGACCCGACACCUGGACCACACACCGCGGGGCCUUCGUCGAGUUGCCGCACUAUCCCAACUGUCAGUGUCACCAACCUAAGGCGCCGCUUAGAUAGUGUAGUUGAGAGGCGAAAAGUCCGUUUCCAUCCCUGA